CGAUGAAUGAAUUUGUUCAAAGCGCGGUGAAUGGAGGUACAACAUCUGGAGGGAUUAGCUCAACACAGCCAGACCAAUCUUUUGAAACUCGUUUUAAUAAUUUGGAGAGGAAUUUGGAACUUUUUCAGGAAAAUGCUCGUCAUAUGGGUGUAAUUGCUAGUGAUUUUAGUGUACAGAGCCAAGAACCAUUAAAUCAAAAAGUUCAAACGCUCGUUUCUGGUCUUCAAGUUUUGGAUCAAUUAAAAAACCAAUUUGUCGAUGUUCGCGUGCCUAUUCGUUUGUUGGAUAUUUUGGAUGAAGGGAACAAUCCACAAUUGUUUACUAAAGAAGCUUUAGAAGAUACGAGGAAGAGGAAUAAAGAGUUAAACGGCAAAACAGAAAUUUAUAAAAAAUUUCAAUACAAUUUAAUUCGCGAACUUAAAUUGGAAAUGUCUGCAGAUGUCGACGAGUAUUUACGUGUUAGGAAAUUAAUAAAUGGAGGUGGAGGAGGAGGAAAUGUUUCACAAACAGAUGAUGGAAGUUCUUCAAGAAAUACUGCAAAAGAAAAUGAAUAAAUUUUAAGUUUAAAUAUUUUUUUGACCAAAAACUUGGGUAAAGAAAGGAGUUUCCCAGUUUUUUAAAUUUUUUGGCAUCUAACAAUAAUUGGAGGAUAUCUAG